AUGGGAGUCUACAACCCUCUCUGUCUCCCCACCGUCGUCUCACAUGCACGUCUGUGCCUACCUCCUCGGCCUCUGCUUGUACAUCGCUGCUCCUCUCCCCCCGCCCCUCUCCCCCCGCCCCUCUCCCCCCGCCCCCCUCCCCCCGCCCCUCUCCCCCCGCCCCUCUCCCCCCGCCCCUCUCCGCCCGCCCCUCUCCCCCCGCCCCUCUCCCCCCGCCCCUCCCCCCCCUCCCCCUCCCUCCUCCCUACCACCAGCUACUACAUCGCUGCCCCGCUCUCCUUCUUCCUUGCUGCCCCUACUACAUCGCUGCCCCGCUCUCCUUCUUCCUUGCUGCCCGUCCUGCUCUGCCCUGCCCCUAGUUCUUUCAUAACCACAUCGCCCACCCCCUUCUUGAGGCGCCUCAAAAUCGCCUACUACAUAGCUGCUCCGCUCUCCUUCUUCCUUGCUGGCCAUCCAGUCACACCUUCUGAACCGUUCUCCACCACUGGUGCUGAUGUCAUAAGCAUAGCAUGCCAUAUUGUUGGAGCAGCAGUGUUCGCGUGGGGCAACCUGCACCAGCACCGCUGCCAUGCGAUUCUGGCCAGUUUGAGGCAAGGGGGUAAGAAGGGCUACUUCAUCCCUCAAGGGGACUGGUUCACUCACGUCUCUUGCCCACACUACUUAGCAGAGAUUGUAAGUAUUUCUAAUACUGGUGAUAACCAGUAA